CAUGAACAAGCAGGUCGUGCAGGCUGCAGGCAGGGUGCAGCAGGGUGACAGGAGGGGCAGGAUAUAAAUAUAGAGCGUUUAGGCUCGUGGGCGCGGCGGCGGUGCGCGGCGCGUGCGCCACCUGGCUCGGCCUCUUACAGCAGCCAUGGCGGCCCACGGGACCCUGUACACCUACCCCGAGAACUUCCGCGCCUUCAAGGUGUUGGUGGCGGCGCAGUACAGCGGCGCCAAGGUCACCGUCGACAAGAACUUCGUCUUCGGGGAGACCAACAAGUCCGAUGCCUUCCUCAAGAAAUUCCCCCUCGGCAAGGUCCCGGCCUUUGAAACCAGCGACGGGCGGUGCAUCUUUGAGAGCAACGCCAUCUCCUGGGCCGUCGCCAAUGAGCAGCUGCGUGGCACCUCCCCCAUGGACCAGGCGCAGGUCGUGGCUUGGAUGAGCUUUGCCGACAAUGAGAUCCUGCCCGCGUCCUGCACCUGGGUUUUCCCGUGUAUGGGUAUCAUGCAGUUCAACAAGGGCAACACAGAGCGCGCCAAGGAGGAUGUACGCCGCGCCCUGAGCUGCCUCAACACACACCUCCUGACGCGCACCUUCCUGGUCGGGGAGCGCAUCUCCCUCGCUGACAUCUCUGUCUGCUGCACCCUACUGCAUCUUUACCAGUACGUGCUGGAGCCAGCAUUCCGCAAGCCCUUCCAGAACGCCAACCGCUGGUUCAGCACUAUGAUCAACCAGCCACAGGUCAAGGCUGUCAUCGGGGACCUCAAGCUGUGUGAGAAAAUGGCACAGUUUGACCCCAAGAAGUUCGCCGAGGUGCAGGGCAAGAUUAAGCAGAGCACCGGCGGGGACAACAAGCAAGACAAGAAAGCCGCCAAGAAGGACCAGCCCAAGAAGGAGGCCCCCGCCAAGAAGAAGGAGGAGGCACCAGCACCCGCCGAGCCCGCCCCCGCCCCCAAGUCCAGAGACCCCCUCGACGCCUUCCCUGCUGGUAACUUCAACAUGGAUGACUUUAAGCGGUUUUACUCCAACAAUGAUGAGGACAAGUCUGUGCCUUAUUUCUGGGAGAAGUUUGACCCUGAAAACUACUCCAUCUGGUACUGCCAGUAUAAGUACGCCGAGGAGCUCAGCAAGAUCUUCAUGAGUUGCAACCUGAUUGGCGGCAUGUUCCAGCGCGUUGACAAGCUCCGGAAGCACGCCUUCGCCUCCAUGUGUGUGUUCGGCGAGGACAACGCCAACUGUAUCUCUGGCAUCUGGGUGUGGAGGGGCCAGGAGCUUGUCUUCCCUCUCUGUGAUGACUGGACCGUAGAUUACGAGUCCUACACCUGGACAAAGCUGGACCCCAAGGAGGACUCCACCAAGGCGUUGGUAGACCAGUACUUCAAGUGGGUGGGCAAGGACAAGCAGGGACGAGCCUUCAACCAGGGGAAGAUCUUCAAAUGAGCUGCUAAUUUAGUCCCCCUUACCCGUCCCGCCCUUCCCCUGUCGCCGCCCCUGAUGCAAAGAGAGGAAACAAGAGCUGCCAUCAAUACCAACACAGUCGCUACGUUAACAGCAACCCAACUCUUAAUUAAAGCACUUUGUUCCA